AUGCCGUGUGCUCUCGCCUUCUCGUGCCCUCCCACCAAACCGUCACCGCCCCGCCCUGUUGAACGCCCUCGGCGCUGUUCUCGCCCUGUGCUGCCCAUCGUUCUUCUCCAGGCAUUCGAUUGUCUGACAAGCGCAGGCAAGCGCGAGAAGCAUCAACGCGGCUGUUCGCCUCGUGGCGUGGGAAAGGUAGCAGGGACGAAAGGGGCCUACGAGCGAGCCGCGGCCGCGUGGGGACUGAUAGAAAUGCAACGAUGCCUACUCACAAAAAGCUGA